CCCGGCUGUAGUAGAUGACCUUGGGUUCCAGAACGACCCAUCGGGGCGGUCGCUGGAUGGCCACGAAGCGGGGUGCACAGAUCGACGCUGGGCCAACCGUUGGGCACUGAGGCAUGCAGAAUCUCAACAGAUAUGAAUUCAAUUCCGAGAUUUUUAAUCAAAUAUUCCAUUGGUCCACCCGUGUCAAUUUAUCAAAAUCUCUACGCCACCAAGCCAGCCGCCUCGUACAAGAACCCGGAAUACUUCUCCUAUCACAACUACACCUUCUACAACCUGGCGAUGGCCAUGCAGUGUAUGUACCAGCCCCAGCCGAGUGCCCUGGAGGAUCGAGACCUGGCCGAGCAGACCACCAAGAGUUGUUACGUCGUGGAGGUAAAGCCGUGGGACGAUGGAUCGGGAAAGAAGAAUCCACCACCGAGUUGUGUGGAGGACGAUUGUGGGGAGGACUCCAAGGAGGGGAAGGGUGAUGGCGAAGCUCGGGACGAGAAAUCAGUUUGCCAAGAAGCUAAGAUUGAAGAAAGACCGAAAUGUGGUUCUGACAAGAGUGAGACGAAAAAUUGAAAAAUCCAAGAAAAAUCCUAUUAAAUUUAUUGGGUUAGCUACAAAAUAUAUUUGAUAAAAUAAACUAAACUCGAAAAAGACCAGA